AUUCCUUACAUCAUUUUUAAUCAAUCAAUCGAACAACUUCGGAUUUUGAUUUCGAAUCAGAGUUAGGGUUUGCAUUUGGACUUUUAUAAUAUAUUAUUAUCAUCUCAAUCCAACUUAAAUUAAUUCGUCGAUAAUACUAUUCUGCGUUUCGAUUACUUUUUUGUAUUCCGAUUAAGUUAAUUUUAAGGAUAAUAGUUAAGUUAAUUAAUCUAGGGUUUAAUACACACAAACAACAUAUAUAUAUAUAUAUAUAGAUAUACGUAUACAUAUAUAUAAAGGGAGGAGGAUGUUAGGGGCUGGAUUACAGUUUGGAAGGAGUCGUGGUGGUGAAGAUAGAUUCUAUAAUCCGGCUAAAGCUAGAAGAAAUCGUCUUAAUAAUCAAGAUAAUCUCCGCCGAGCUCAAAGUGACGUCACCCCGGCGGAGACUUUAGUUGUCAAGAUUCCGGUGGAAACGCCGGUUCCGUCGCCGGUGUGUAAUCUGGAGAGGUUUUUGGAAUCGAUUACGCCUUCUGUUGCUGCUCAGUUGCUGUCUAAGAGAGCUACGAAUGGGUGGAGGAAUCAAAAUGCAAAUCAACCUUACUUUGUGCUUGGUGAUUUGUGGGAGUCUUUUAAGGAAUGGAGUGCUUAUGGUGCCGGAGUUCCCUUGAUAUUGAACGACAGUGAUAGUGUGGUUCAGUAUUAUGUGCCGUAUUUGUCUGGAAUUCAGUUAUAUACUGACCCUUUGAAAAUAGCAAAACCAAGGCAGCACAUCGAGGACAGUGAUGUUGACUCAUUCAGGGACUCGAGUAGUGAUGUAAGUAGUGAUUAUGACGUACCAAAGAGUGAAAUUUCUCAGCAUUUGGAUCGGUUAUCAUUAAAUUACCAACAGGCCCUUCAAGAAGGCUUCUCCAGUGAUGAGGGUGAAUCUGCAAGACCUCAAAGUUGUCUCUCAUUUGAGUAUUUGGAACGCAGCCAACCAUGGGGCCGGGAACCUUUGACUGAUAAGAUACUUGAUCUUGCCCGCUGCUUCCCUGAAUUGAAAAGUGUGAGAAGUUGUGACUUGCUACCUUCUAGCUGGUUAUCGGUGGCCUGGUAUCCAAUUUAUAGGAUUCCGAUGGGACCAACAUUGAAAGAUCUUGAUGCUUGCUUUCUCACUUUUCAUUCUCUCCAUACACCUAUCACAGGCAAUCAAUGUGUGCAUCCACCUGUUGUGAGUUAUCCUGAGAAGACAGAUGGUGUCCCGAAAAUCUCGUUACCUGUCUUUGGUCUUGCUUCAUAUAAAUUAAAGGCACCAUUGUGGAUCAACGAUGAACGGAUAUCGUUGAGCUCUCUUUUGCACGAGGCUGACAAUUGGCUCACAACCCUCCAGGUCAAUCACCCGGAUUUUCUUUUCUUUUCCCGCAGAUGAUGACGACAAUGAUGAUGAUGAUAGUUAUGUUUACCAAUCUACCAGUAACUCCAACUUAUCGUGAUAUGUAUCGUUCCUUUCAAGAUGGCAACUUAAAUGUUUCCCAGACUGUGAUAUCAGAUUUGAAAAAAAGGAAAAACUUGAAGGUAACAAGGGUUGGAGGAUGCAGGUUUAGAUAAAUAUAGAGAUGGGUUAGAUUUAUUUAUAUAUAUAAAAAAAGAAAGAUAUAUCCAAGGAUGUUUAAAACUUUUUGGUAUCUAAUUUAUGAUAGGUUACGAGUGUGAGUGAGAGUGAUAAGCAGCAGGCUGUAUUUUUUUGUGUCCUGGUGAUGAUGUAUGUGUAAUGUUAUAAACUUGAGGUUUGAGGCAUUAGUAUCAUUAGUAUUAGUAGUAGUGAGCCUCUUUUAUAUUUAUGGAUUAAUUGCUUUGUUUAAUUGCUUGCAAUUUACUAUAAGAAAUAGUAAGUGAACUAAUUAGUAGGUA